AUGUCGGUUUUGGACAACGAGUUGUUCGUUAAGGUGCAGAAUGCGGUUUUUGACUAUCCCGUGUUCCCCACCUUGUGGAUCCCGCAUUGUAUCAUGAUGUCGCUGGCCUUGCGAAAUACACUGGGUGGAAAUUGGCGAGGCUUCUCCCGUCAACAUCCCAUGUCUUGCUUCAUCUUGGCCACCUUAUAUACCUUCCCCGGGGGGAUCUUGGCCACGGCCAUGCUGGCCCAACCGGUCCUGAGCUUCAUGCUCAACACGCCAUUUGUCUUGGCCAUGAUGGGCAGCUGGUAUUUGGUUUUCUACUCCCCGAACGACCUCUUCUUCCAACUAGUUACUAAAACCGGACUCAUCCUGCCAUUCUCCGGCGCUCAAGACUUCCUCAGACUCCACUUGGUGUUGUCAGGAGUACAAACCAUUCACCAACUCCAUCCGGGAUCGUUCUUCUAUCCCGUGGUGUUUGCCAUUUGCAAGAGUAGCGGCUUCAUGUUCCUCAAGUACGCCGAGUACAUCUUGGCCAAUGGCUUGAACCAGGCCUUUGUCAUCCCUCAUCAUUCCACGAAAACGUGCAUUUUAGCCUCCGUCAUCCUCACUCUCCAGUCCUUGGGCCACUUGCCCAUUGAUCUAAAACCACUCUUUGCUAUUCUCGUUGGCAUCAGCCUUUCAUUCCGACUCUUGACUGUUUUGAGCUCUUGGGAUCCUUAUCAAGCCUUUGAAAAUGUCUUCUGUGCCAUUGCCUUUGGUAGACCCAUUGAGAACGCCUCACCUUCCAAAAAGAAGAAUAAGAAAGAAGACUAG